AUGUCCGCCUCCAUAGAUGAAGAGAAGCAUUCAUCGCAGGACUUGAUGGUUGCUGCCGAUUCAGGCUCGGCGGGAGAGCCUAUCGAAGCUCCAAAGUCGGGCCCUCCAGACAACUCGGAUGCGCAACAACAGGUUAUGACGAUUCCUGAUGGCGGGCUGCAAGCAUGUCUCGUCGUGGUAGGAGGAGCUUGCGUCCAGUUCUGCACGUUUGGCUAUUCAAGCUCCUUCGGUGUCUACGAGGAUUAUUAUGUCCUUCAUGGAGGUCUCACCUCCUCGAAUGCGAGUUGGAUUGGUUCAUUGCAGUUCUUCCUCCUAUUCUCCCUAGGGCUGCCCACAGGAAAGCUAUUCGAUCUAGGCUACUUCCGCCACAUGCAGAUCGCCGGUAUCCUCCUCUAUGUAUUCUCACUAUUCAUGCUAUCCCUCGCCGAUGUAACGCAAUAUUAUCAGUUGAUCCUCUCGCAAGGCAUCGGGAUGGGUCUGGGCGGAGGCCUGCUACUCGUGCCAACUAUCUCCCUCCAAGCCCAUUAUUGGAAGAAACACCGCGCACUCGUCAUGGGUAUCAUUCUCGCAGCCUCCUCUUGCGGUGGAAUCGUAUACCCGAUCAUGCUCAACCAGCUCAUCCACUCGAGCGUUGGCUUCCCGUGGGCUGUGCGCGCAACCGCCUUCCUCACGCUUGGCAUGCUGUGCAUUGCGGCCUGCCUUACUAAACCUCGUCUUCCAAGUGCAAAGCAUCGCCCGCCAACCCCGAUGCCGGGAAUCAAAGGUAUCUUCCAGGACCCGGCAUAUCUCAUGACGCUGUUUGGCAUAUUCAUGGUAUUCUGGGGGUUGAUGUUCCCUUACUUCUACCUUCAGCUCUGGGCCAACUUACACGGUAUCUCAUCCGCAUUCUCGUUCUACACUAUUGCAAUCCUCAACGCGGGCUCGAUUUUUGGGCGACUACUCCCGAACCGACUCGCCGACUCGUUUGGGCAGUUCAACCUGAUCUGUACGGUGUCCGUCGUGAGCUCCGCGCUGCUGUUUGCUCUGUUCGGCGUCAAGUCAGAGGCCGCGGUCAUUGUGUUCGCGAUCUUGUACGGGUUUUUCUCCGGGGCAAGCUAUUUCGUCGCGUCAUUCGCACUCCUCACUGGCAGUCCCAUUGACGGUGCGCUACUUGGGCCGGAGCACCAUUGGCCGAAGGCGAUUGUCUUCAGUGGGGUGGUGAUGUUCGUGGGCUCCGCUGCGUUCAUCUCCGCCCGCCAUCUCUUCGCUCGGACACGCAAGCUCGACCUGUUAGGCAAGUUGUGA